GGGCUGUGUUGGUGGGUGGGGCCGGUCAUUAUCAGCUUUCUGGACACCGAGAGGAGACAGCAUGGAUUUGCUCCGGCUCUACCUCCCCGGGCUGCACCAAGCCUUGAGGGGGGCACUGGAGUCCCUCAGCACCUUCGUCUCCUACCUCAUGGGAGAUGAGGUUCCCACCGUAGAGAGGGGGGCACGGGCAGCUGAGGAGCUGGGGGAGGGGGUAGAGGAGGAAGCCCAGGAAGCGCUGGAGGGCCUUGAGGGUGGCCCGGACGGGCAUGAAGAGGCUAGCAGAUGCCAGGAGGGGAACUCUGCUGAGACACAAACCAGGGGGUGGGGCGAAGGCGGCUCCCAGACAGACAAGCAGACCAUGGGAGCCUGGGAGGCGGUACAGGUUGCCAGGUGCCAGGAGCUGAGUGCCCCCUCGGGGGAUGUGCCAUCUGGGAUAGGGCAGGGGGCUCACUGGGACAGCAGCAGCCAAGUCCAGCAGAGGCAGGAGCCUGGUGGACAGGAAGUGGACAGAGAGGACACACUGAGGACCUGGGACCAGGAGGAGGGUGAAGAGGAAAAAAUCAGGACAGGAGAGGCAGGGAUGGCCAGAGGGGUGGAGCAGGAGUGGACCUGGCACGGAACGCCUGAGGGGCAGGUUGGUGCCAGUGGCAGCAGGCAGGAGGGGACAGGAGGUGGUGGCCAGACAGGACAGGAGGUCAAGGAGGCGGUUGCUGAGGAAACAGAAGAGCCUGUUGCCAAUAAGGCUGGGAGGGAAGAAGAGGGGGUGGUAGUGGGGCGUGGCGGUGCAGAUACAGGGUCACAGGGUUCAGGGGCAGAGCCUGGGCACUGGGAGGCCUUGGGCAGGGAGCAGGGCGGGACAGUCUCUGGCUGGGAGGAGGCCUGUACAACCUCAGCCAACGAGGUGAAGGAGGAGAGAAAGGAGGAGGUGAGAGAGGAGGAGAAGGUGAGGAAGGAGGAGGCCUGGACAGGCCCCAGUAGGGAGCAAACUGAGCAGCCCAGAGUCAGGGAGCCAGAGAAUGGGCCAGUCCUGGGAGAAGGGACCCCAGAAGGACCUGGGAGCAGCUGGGUCUUGGAGGAAGAGGAGGAAGAGAGGAAGGAAGAGGAGGAAGAGAAGGUGAGGAAGGAGGAGGCCUGGACAGCCCCCAGUAGGGAGCAAACUGAGCAGCCCAGAGUCAGGGAGCCAGAGAAUGGGCCAGUCCUGGGAGAAGGGACCCCAGAAGGACCUGGGAGCAGCUGGGUCUUGGAGGAAGAGGAGGAAGAGAGGAAGGAAGAGGAGGAAGAGAAGGUGAGGAAGGAGGAGGCCUGGACAGCCCCCAGUAGGGAGCAAACUGAGCAGCCCAGAGUCAGGGAGCCAGAGAAUGGGCCAGUCCUGGGAGAAGGGACCCCAGAAGGACCUGGGAGCAGCUGGGUCUUGGAGGAAGAGGAGGAAGAGAGGAAGGAAGAGGAGGAAGAGAAGGUGAGGAAGGAGGAGGCCUGGACAGCCCCCAGUAGGGAGCAAACUGAGCAGCCCAGAGUCAGGGAGCCAGAGAAUGGGCCAGUCCUGGGAGAAGGGACCCCAGAAGGACCUGGGAGCAGCUGGGUCUUGGAGGAAGAGGAGGAAGAGAGGAAGGAAGAGGAGGAAGAGAAGGUGAGGAAGGAGGAGGCCUGGACAGCCCCCAGUAGGGAGCAAACUGAGCAGCCCAGAGUCAGGGAGCCAGAGAAUGGGCCAGUCCUGGGAGAAGGGACCCCAGAAGGACCUGGGAGCAGCUGGGUCUUGGAGGAAGAGGAGGAAGAGAGGAAGGAAGAGGAGGAAGAGAAGGUGAGGAAGGAGGAGGCCUGGACAGCCCCCAGUAGGGAGCAAACUGAGCAGCCCAGAGUCAGGGAGCCAGAGAAUGGGCCAGUCCUGGGAGAAGGGACCCCAGAAGGACCUGGGAGCAGCUGGGUCUUGGAGGAAGAGGAGGAAGAGAGGAAGGAAGAGGAGGAAGAGAAGGUGAGGAAGGAGGAGGCCUGGACAGCCCCCAGUAGGGAGCAAACUGAGCAGCCCAGAGUCAGGGAGCCAGAGAAUGGGCCAGUCCUGGGAGAAGGGACCCCAGAAGGACCUGGGAGCAGCUGGGUCUUGGAGGAAGAGGAGGAGUGGGAGACGAGAGAAAAGAGAGCAGCUGCCCUGAGCCUUUUCCCCAAGCUGACCCAGGCCCUGGAGGCUGAGAGCCCCAUGGCAGGUGCACAGGCUGCCGAGGAGGAGGAGGAGGAGGCAGCAGGUCAGGGUUCUGCGUACCACGCAGGGCAGCCUGAGAAUGAGAGUGCACCGGAGAGGCAGGAUGUGGAGAUGAGCGCUGGUGGGGUUGGGGUGCAGGAGGCAGCUGAGAUGGAGGAGGCUCAGCGGGAAGGCGAUGCUGACGUAGAGGCUGCACCAGAGCCCAGGCCCUGGGAGGUGCUGGUGAGGGAGAGGAGAGAGGAGGCGCACCUUGUGAGCCGAGCAGCGUUAGGGGAGGAGGACCAGGGCCCCGCACUGACUGGAGGGGCUCAGACCCCAGCAGCGCCCCUGGAGGAAGAAGAGUUAGAACUGGGUACUCAGGAGGAGCCCCGGAGAACCACAGCUCCAAGCACAGAGGGGACAGAAGGGGACCUGGACGAAUGUUCCAGGCCUGAGGUCCGGGAGGCAGAUGCCUGGGAAAACCAGAGAAGGGACCCCUGGGAGGCAGAGGGAGGAGAUGCAGACAGGCAGGAGUCAACCACAUCAGCUCAGGUGCUGGAGUGGGAGGCCAAAAGCGCAGAAGGCAGGGAGUGGAAAAAACUAGAGGUCCCUGGUGCAGAUGGAGAUUGGGAGAAAGCAAAAAUAGCUGGGUGUGGAGCAGGGCAGGGAGAGGCCCAUAGGGUGGAGGACCAAGAAGUGGCAGGAAACCCUGAGGCAGAGGCAGGGAUGGGCUGGUCACUGGGAGAGGCCAGAGAGGCGGGGGAGGGGGAGAGUGCAAGGCUGCAGCAGGAGGCAGAGGGAGCCUCCGGGCCUGGCUGGAGGCCACAGGAGGAGGUGGCUCAGAGCCUGCAAGAGGGCCUGGAGGCAAGGUGGGCCGAGGAUGAAGCUGGUGGGCCAGGGAGAGGGGCUGGGCUGGCUUGGCAGGGCAGAGGGGAGGUUGUGGAGGCUGAGGCCCCAGGCCGGCUGGAGUGGGGCCUGCAGGGCUCAGCAGAGGAAGAGCUGACCUGUCAAGAGGAACACACGGAGGCUUUGGGGGCCAGGACAGAUGAACAAGCAGAGGUGGGGACAUUGGCUGAAGCCACAGUUGGGCUGGGUAGCCAUGGCUUGGGCUCCCAGGCAGCCAGGGCAGAGGGGACCAGGGAGACCCUCGGGGACGAGUGGAGGCUUCUGGAACCAGAGGCAGGGGAAAGGCAAGACAAGGAGGGGCUGUGCAGAGUGAACCACCCGGACAGCGAGGCCCCCGGCGUCCAGGCAUCCGGCGAGCAGAGGGCAGAGGCCCAAGACACAGACACAAGCAGCGUGAUGGCCAACCAGGGACAAGCAGAGCCCUCAGGAGACCAGAGCAGCUGGAGUGAGGCGCUGCUUCCCGCGUUGCAUUUGGACGUUUCAGUCCCGCGGAGUCGUGCGCUCCUAGCCCGGAGCUCGUCCCAGCGGCGCUCCCGGCCCUCCUUCCGAAGGCCCCGUGACACCCAGGAGCAGGUGGAGCCGUCCAGUCCGUCCAGUCCGCAGCAGCCCAAGGAAGAGGAGGAAGAGGAGGAGGAAGAGGAGGAGAAGAAAGAACUGUCAACUCUUGCGGAGGAGAGGCGUCUCCAGUCUGAGGAACCCCCGGAACCAAGCCCCCCGGGGCCGGUUGGGACCCCGGUGCCUGCCAGGAGGCCCCUGGGACAGGGGUUUGGCCUCGCACACCCAGGCAUGAUGCAGGAACUGCAAGCCCGCCUGGGCCGGCCAAAGCCUCAGUGACUGCCAGCUGACACCGGGGACCCCUGACCCCAAAGAAGGAUAGAAAGGCUGGGCAGGAGCCUGCUCUCUGCUCUCCCAUCCUCUGACCUUGAACUUAGGAGUGGGAUUGAUGACCUCAAGCCUCCGGUCCCCACCCUGAUGACCACCCCAGCCUGUCCCAGCUGUCCAGACCAGAUGACAGCGACAAAGAUGAUUCUCACCUCCCAGCUCUGCUCCCAGCCUCUGCACCCAAGGCCAAGUUCAGACAAUUGGAUGUAAAGGUGGAUGUGUUGCCUGGAGCAGCCAACACAGUCACUUGACCUCAGAAGUGGUUACUGUGGCAACCGCCAGCUGUACUGGCUAGAGCUGGGGAGGAUGAACCCUGAGCCCCGCCCCAAAAGGAAGGAGCUGAGAGAGGCCCAGGGAGGACACAGGGGGCCGGCCCCCCUUCUCUGAAAAGAAGCAGAGUCGGAGAGAAGAUUAGAGGGCUUUAUUAGGACCCAAUAUGGCGGUCUAACCCGAGGACAAUACAAUAAAUAAACCAUUAUCUCCCUAAAAAAUAAAUAAAUAUCCAAGAAA